CGGUGAAAUCGUGUAUCUCUCUCUCUUUCCCCCGCCGUCGUCAGUUCCGAUGGCUGAGCAUGAAAACGUGUCGUACCCCUCCAUAGAUCCCUCCACCUUCGAUCUCAUCGUCGUCGGAACUGGAUUGCCGGAAUCCGUCAUCUCCUCUGCCGCUUCAGCCGCCGGUAAAUCCGUUCUCCACCUCGACCCCAACUCCUUCUACGGCAGCCAUUUCUCCUCUCUCAACGUGGGCAACUUCACCUCUUUUCUUCAUUCCCACCUCGACACUGCUCCAUCGUUGUCAUCAUCAUCUUCCAUUGAAUAUCACACUCUCAACGAUGGCACUGAUUACACUCUCGUCAACCUCAAACCCCGUCGUCUAUACUCCGACAUCGAGAUUUCCUGUCUUGUAUCUCCAGAAUCUCUCGAACCUUCGCGUAGUUUCAACUUGGAUCUCGCUGGACCUAGGGUUUUGUUCUGUGCCGAUUCGGCUGUCGAUCUGAUACUGAAAUCCGGGGCGAGCCAUUGCUUGGAGUUUAAGAGCAUCGAUGCGACUUUCAUUUACGGAAUUGAUGGUCAUGGAAGAUUGUUGACUGUGCCAGAUUCCCGUGCGUCAAUUUUUAAAGACCGGACUCUUGGAUUGACUGAAAAAAACCAGUUGAUGAGGUUUUUUAAGCUCGUUCAGGAGCAUUUUGGAUCGGAAGGUGCUGGCGGUGAUGGGAAAGAAGAGAGUGGGAAGAUUUUGGAGGAGGAUUUGGAGAGUCCGUUUGUUGAGUUCCUGAAGAAGCAGCGGUUGCCACCGAAGAUUAAAUCGAUUAUACUUUAUGCAAUAGCCAUGGCAGAUUACGAUCAAGACAACCCUGAAGUUUCCAAGAAUCUUCUCAAGACAAACGAUGUAGUGCGGAGUUUAGCUCUCUACCACUCUUCAAUUGGCAGGUUUCAAAAUGCAAUGGGGGCAAUGAUUUAUCCUAUUUAUGGACAAGGGGAGCUGCCACAAGCUUUUUGUCGUCGUGCUGCUGUCAAAGGUGCCCUCUAUGUCAUGCGCAUGCCAGUGACAUCUGUGCUUCUUGACAAGGAAAGUCGGCGUUAUAAAGGUGUUAGAUUGGCAUCUGGCCAGGACUUAUUUAGUCAUGAACUAGUUAUGGAUCCAUCCUUUACAGUUUCGUUACCAUCAUUGUUAUCUCCUUCCUCAAAUCUUCAGCAUGAAAAUGCUGAGGGAAAAGUUGCUAGGGGAAUAUGCGUUAUAAGGGGUUCCAUAAAGCCAGAUUUGUCAAAUUUGCUGGUGGUAUUUCCUCCUCGAUCUUUGUGCCCUGAGCAGGUGACAUCGGUUCGAGCACUUCAGUUAGGUAGCAACAUGGCUGUUUGUCCCUCAGGCUUGUCUGUUGUGUAUCUUUCGGCUCUUUGCAAUGAUGCUGCUCAAGGAAAGGAGCUGUUACGAGCAGCCAUGAAUGUUCUUUUCCCACUUUCCAUUUCAAAGAACUUUGAAAGUAGUGCCUCUGAGGGUACAGAAGGAGAAUCAAAGCCCACACUUAUGUGGAGUUCAAUUUAUAUUCAGGAGUUGGCAACGGGUUCAUCAGAGGCAAUCAACUUCUGUCCUAUGCCAGAUGGAGCUCUGGACUAUAGAGAGCUCUUAGAGUCAACUCGGCAGCUUUUUCAGAAGAUCUAUCCUCAAGAAGAAUUAUUUCCACACUCAGUGACUGAGGAUACUGAGGAUUAUCGUGACUUGCCUGGCGAUUCGCUAGAAUAAGGUUGUUUGCUAGACCAUAAGAAAACCUUGAGAAUCAUCGGAGAUGUUGCAUAGACUGUACUUUUGUGCUUUUGUCAAAGUUGAAUAAUGGGGAUCCUGGUCUAAGCUGCACAUUAAUUCGACAAUUAUUGUAAUACAAGGUCUUCAAUGAAGCUUGUUGUGCCAAAUGUUUGAAUCUACAAAUUGGACUACUACAGAGGAAGUCUUUCAUUUGUCUCUGAGAUGGAAAGUUUUCACUGAGGUAUAGCCUGAGCCCUGCAGAUUAUAGAAGCAGUCU